AGGGACUGAAAACCAAGUGAGGAGAUGCCCUCAUAUUGCCUGGGAAGAUGGAGGUCUGCACAGAGGAAAGAAAAUAGGCACAUUGUCUGCUCCUGGUGUCUAUCCAGGGUCCCUGAAGGAAACAGAGGGUGUGUGACAGUCAAGAAGAUUCACAGCGUACUACGCCAGAGAAUACAGAGAGGAUAAAUGAUGCAGUUAGAAGAACUGCACAACCAUGGGAAGACAUCCAGUCCCUUCACAGCGUUGCUCAACACCGAGAAAGUUGGACAGUGAAACCAUCAUCUGGAAAUCGGUCAGGCCGGGGAGCUUUGACAUCUCAUCAGAUCUGAAACUGGUCAGUGGUGUGGACCCUUCCAUCAGAACCAACCUUUCUGAAGGUUCGGCUGUGGGUGAUCGAUCAGGGUGAGGCUGGGAAGAAGUGUGAGUGGCUCCAAAUGUGGUGAGAGCUUCAAUCAUUCAUCAAGCCUCAUGAACCACUGACCCAUUCCUACAGGGGAGAGGGGUGUGAGAACAGCUCAGUGUCUAACAAAAGGUGUAAUUGGUGUAUGCCUGUGAAUACAAGGUCAGCUUUAUGGAACAAAAACGUUUCAAAUGUGAGGUUUGUGACAAAGCCUUUGUGAAAUCUACCCACCUCCUGAUACACCAGAGAAUACACACAGGGGAGAAACCAUUCAGAUGUCAGGUAUGUCAGGCAGCUUUCACCCAAUCUUCCAAUCUCCUGACACACCAGAAGUUUCACACAGGAGAAAAGCCAUUCACGUGCAAGGUUUGUGACAAAUCUUUCUUGCAAUCAUCAUGUCUCCGUGCACAUCAACGUAGUCACACUGGGGAGAAACCGUUCAGGUGCAAGGCUUGUGAUAAAUCAUUCUCACUAUCUUCAACUCUCCACCGACACCAACGUACUCACUCAGGGGAAAAACCGUUUGUGUGCAAGAUUUGUGACAAAUCAUUUUCACAGUCAUCAACCCUUCGUGCACACCAACGCACUCACACCGGAGAAAAACCUUUCUUCUGCAAUGUGUGUGAUAAAUCAUUCACACAGUCAGGGAACCUCCGCAUACACCAACGCACUCACACAGGGGAGAAACUGUACAAAUGUUUGGAGUGUGAUAAAUCAUUCCCUGACUCAUCAAGACUCCUGCUCCAUCAGAGGAUUCACACAGGAGAAAAACCAUUCAUAUGCGAGGUGUGUGAGAAAUCAUUCUCAAAGUCAUCGAACCUACGUGCACACCAACGUAUUCACACUGGGGAGAAGCCGUUCACCUGUGAUGUAUGUGAUAAAUCAUUUUCGGAGUCAUCAAACCUCCAUAAACAUCAACGCCUUCAUGCAAGAAGUUAAGCAAGGGAAGCAGAUGUACGUCACUAAUAUCCUGUUCACAGCUGCACUCUCUCUGAAGGAAGGUAAUGCUGGGACAGAAUGUGGAGCCUUCCAAACUUAACCAGCAACAGCACGACGUGCCAGGAGUCAUCCACCCGGCAAAGACAUUGACGAUGUCAGAACAGUGUCUUUUCCAGAUAAAAUGAACAACACAAUGAGAUGCAACUCUUCAAAUGUUGCAGAAUGUUGUGAUGGCCAUUAAGGAUAUGCUUUUUACUAGAUAAGAGUAUUGGGCAAACAGAUGAGGUGAUUGUCCAAGAUGGCAUCUUGUACAAAAGGAGCAGAGUCAAUAUCCCUCAGGAGAUGUUGAAAGGCAUUCUACACAAGCCAUCAAGGAAUUGGGUCUAGUCUGAGGAAGGUAAGAGAAGUGCUGUACUGGCCAAACACGGGCAAUGAGAUGAAGGACCACAGUACAGAGCUUGUAACGAACAUCAAACUAAACAUGAUAAAGAGUUGAUCUUGACUCAUUACAUCUCAGACAGCCCAGAGAUGAAACUUGGUGUCGAGCUCUUCACUCUCACUGGAACUGAUCGGCUUGUCACCGUGGAAUAUUAUUCAGAUGGCGGGGAGUUAGACCAGCUGACAUCACCAACUCCCUGUCGGAUUGUCUGAAAACACACUUCAGUCAUCAUGAGAUUCCUGACACUGUGAUCAGUGACAGGGACCUCAAUUCACAAGGGAAGAAUUCAGACAUCUCAGCAAUGAUUUUGAAAUUCAGCACCACAUACCAUCUGCCAAUCAAUUGGAAAAGCUGGGGCAAUGGGGAAAUUGCCAAAGGAAUCGUCAAAAACGCAAGUACAUCAAGCACAGAUGUGUACAACACAACAAAAGGCACAGUUUUACAGUUGCUAAAAGCUCCUAAGGUUGUCAGUGACUGAUAGCAGAGCACACCCAGGCCACUCUGCCAGUUGAUAAAAAACUUACUGAGUCCAGAAUUAAUGACAACAGUGGGUGAGAAGAUGGAAGAGAAUUGACAGAAAUUUAAUAACACUGCCAAAAAUUGUGGCAGGAGCAGAGAGUUGGAGUGCCAUUCAGAGUAUAAACAUUCAAUGCAUUCAACAAAACUCAGCUCCCAAGGUCACCUGGGACCUAUGGACAGAAGUUGCACUCUAAAAAUUACUGCUCAGAUCUAUCAUCGGAACUGCAAGCAUCUACCCGCAACUAAAGAAGCUGUUCCUUCACAGCAGAUAGAGUCUGAAAAGGUCGAUCUGAUUUCAAAUAUUGAGAAAGCAACUCAACAGUCAUGAAUCUCAAUCAUUCCUGAAUGAAAGCACCAGAUCAGCAGCAUUAAUCAACACAGCAGCAAUACUUGCCACAAUAACCAUAUUGCCCCAAGAAGUGAAGUCACCUCAGUAACUAGAUGACAUGGAAUGACUAGCUCACUGACAACUUGUAAGCGUAACAGUACAGAAGUUGAAUGCUUUAAAAUUAUAUGGGUAAUACUGGAGACAGAUGAAAUUGAAACAGCAUAGAAAGAACCAACAGAUUUUUCUCCAUGUGUGAUCAUUUUCUUUGUAAAAUA